AUGGCCAACUCGACCUAUUCGUCAAACUUUGGGGGGACAUGCCUGGCGUAUGAUCUUAUUGAUUCAAAACUGGCCAUCCCAGCGGGUGCAAGGUUUGACUGGAGGCAAAAAUUUGUGGAUUCAAACGACCAAAUGAUUCAGUACAACGAAAAUGCAGUGCCAUAUUUCUACCCAAAUCUCCCAUCCCCGCCGCGACCAGGGCCAACUCUCCCUGUUGAGGACUAUACUGGCACUUACUGGCAGGAUGGCUAUGGUCAGCUGGAUAUCUACCUGGGCACUGACAAUAAGCUGCGCGCGAACCGAACCCAUUGUACCACUGACUGCUCUCUUACCUUUGAGAACGUCACUGGUGACUACUUCAUUGCCAAGGUUCAUGUAGUUGGCGCCGAGACCGUUGUUCCAGCCGAGUUUUCGCUUUCCUCGGACGGGAAGCCAAAGUCUGUCGGUAUAGGGUGGGAACCAAGGAUGGGCAAGGAUCGCAAGAUCUGGAUGCGGAAGGUCGAUGAUGAUCGUGGACCUGGCCCGGAUCCGGCCAUUUCCCAAGAGGCCCAAAUCCCUCCCUACCAGACAUCCCAGCUGCCAGAGUUUCUGACGAGCCAUCUGUUUAUGUAG